AUUGCAGUCUCUCGGGAGUCUCUCGACCAUUGGAAAGAUACAAAGAACAAAGACUAGAAGGAACAUGUCUCAAUUAUGGUCAAUUGAUUCCAGAACACAAACAUCACUGUAUGUCAUAUAAUCUGACUUCACGGCUAGCGUUCAAUGACCAGACUUCAGGCCGGGCUCGUGCUCGCAACUACUACUUUAUUCCUGUCGUCACCGCCUCCUCACAUGCCACGAUACCAAGUCAUCGCGCUGCUGCUAUGGCUAGCAUACCCCUCAAUCUGUCUGUCAGUGCCACUUGCUUUUUGUUUGUGGGUAACUAUCUUUAUCGCCUGCUUCGGGUCCGACAAUGCCAUCGUCAAUAUCAUAACUAUCUUGGCUUGUGUGGCCUUCCUUUCAAACGGAGCCCUUACGCUCUACGUUUUCGCCGUUGUAGGCAGAAAUCUCACUAUGCCUUGCAGGCCGGCCAAUGGUAAAAAAACCACCCCCACACAA